GAAGGAUUCCGGAAAGCAAACGGAACAAAGCGUCUUCAGCGGCAGUGGUGUUCAGUUUGAAGUGCCGCAAGGAUGGAGGAGCGCGACCCGGACAUGACCCAGCGCCCGGCUCGGUUCUAACGUCCCAUGGGGUCCCCCGGCGUCUAGGAGCAUCCGCACUCGUCCACGAUCAUGUUGUGGAUGUCCUUCUUGAUGAUCUUGUGCUCCUCGUUGUAGUAGAGCAUGGACAUGGCACGCAGCCGCGUCGGCACGCAGCACGAGCGCAUGUUCUGGAAGGGGCUGUAGCCCCGCAUGCGGUAAUGGCUGAUGACUGUCGAGUGGAAGGACAGCGCCGAGCCCGUGAUGCUGGCCACGUGGGACGGGCACUCGCCCUCGCAGUAGUUGGCAUGCACACGCGGACCUUCCCGUCGCACUCCAGGCCGCGCUUCCUGCGCCGCCGCAAGUCCCCGCCAUCCUCCGGCCGCACCACCGCCAUCAGGAAGGGCCGGUGGGAUUGUUCCCGUUGGCUGCUGCGCUGAGACGCGUCCCCACCAGAAACGAGCACAGGUGUGGCGCCAACGCCGGCACAGAGCGGGCAAGACACCCGGAUGCUUAACUCUGCGCCGUCCGGACGCUCCAGCAGCGCCUGGACUGCCGCCGACACCGGGAAGGUGUGCCAGCCGCUGCGUCGAGUGUCCACCGUUUUUUCCACCAAGAAGACAUCAUCCUGCGGUGAAGAUGAUCCUGCACCACGCUGGAGGAGGCGGAUGGCGACCUUGGCACGACUGCGGUUGUUCUUGGCCAAUCGCAGGAAGAGCCACACAUUGGCCUGCUCGACCAGCGACACCUCGGCGCCGCCGCCAUCCUUGGACAGCACGAAGGUCACCACAUCCCGAGCCUCACCUGAGAGACACAGAGACACGGUCAGAUGCAGGUAACCAUGGCAACACUCACGCACAGAGGCACACACACUUUCCAGAAGUCUCCCUGAGGCCUUCAGGCCGCCGUGGAGCUCAUCAGUGGUCACCUGCUUACAUAACAAUCUUUCCCUCCCUGCAAUCUCUCACUGGUGGGCGUCAUGAACACAAAUACACAAAGUCCGAGUCACGACUGGGACUCUGUGGAUGUCAGCGACGCUCUGCCGUGUCGUGUGAGAGAGCGUGUGCGGAGGCGGGCCAUUAACACAAUUUUAGCGGCUAUUCGGAGGCGAUUAUCUCGCUUACAUCACAGUCACCGUCCCUCUGUGUUCAUUCAUUGUCUCUCAGUGGACUCGUGUGCCGUGUUUGCAGCUUACAAGGAGGGUGUCAGUGAAUGCAUCCCUCUCUCCCUCUCACCAGGUCAAACUGGAGCUGGAAUGUGCAACAUGUCUGAGCGUCUGCGCAGGAAAUGUGUUUAUGUCUGAGAGUCGCACACGUGUGGUCACAGUGAUGGCGGGUAACGAUGGCAACUGUGUGUGCUUUUUACCACACGAUCGGAUGGCCUUGAACGCCUCACUGUAGGACACAUUGAGCAUGUCAGCUGACAUGAUUGCUUAACUUUUUCAAAGAGCUGAGUCAAAGUAGUAGUAGUAGUAGUACUACAAGUGCAACCUAUGCGGACACAGGGGGCGAACCUUAAGCCAGCACAUCGGGCGGAGUGUGUUGACUCAAAGUGUGUCCCAUUGUCCUGACACAAAAGAAGACACAGCAUUUGUUGUGUGUGUAUGUCACACUCACACAUGUGCAGCGGCAACAAGCUGGUUUAUGACCGUCAUCCGACUUGCAGCUAGCCACGCUGUUGCGUGCUAGCUUGUGGAAAUUGGUGCAGUUCAGUGUUGUGUCAUUCAACAUUUGGUCCUGGUCCUCAAUGGAAAAUAAGAAACCACAUGAAAAGCAUCCUGUUUUUUUUUUUUUUGGAGAAAUGAAGAGCGCCUUUUCCCUUAUUGAUGACUGUCAGGCUCAAAGGACACAAAUGCACUCCAGAGUCGACGCCCUCUCCACUUGAUUGGCACCACAUGUGAGUCGGCAGUCAUGUGCAUGUAUAUACACACGUGCACGAAGAUACACACAAGCAUACAUGCUCGCAGCGGAAAAAUGCAGGAAAAUCCUCCAUCAAACAGCUGGUAAACAAAAGUGGCCAGCAGCUUCGCCUUUUGACAAGAGGAAUGUCUUCAAGCGCCAAAUUUGCUCCUCAUCAUCUGAAAAAGAGGACUCACGCCCGAAACACAGCGGAAAAAAACAUCCAUCUCUCUGUGGCUUAUUCAUGGUGAGCUUUUCCACUCGGGUGGAUCAAAGCACAGAGACAGACGGGAUUAUUCCCAGACAGGAAAAGAAAAGAUGUUUACACCCUUUAUGUGGAAGCUACACCCAUCACAAGCAAUCAGCUCAGGCGGUUGUCACCUGUCAAUCACUGACCACUAGCAGUUAUUUAAGCACAUUGAUACUGUUAGUUGUGCAUAUUGUGAAGGUGAUCAACAUGCUAAGCUAACAGCAUGCUAUGACACCAAAAGCUGUCCUGUUGUUAACGGUCUGCUAGGAAGCUAAGGUGAAAGGUCAUGCAGGGACAGAUGUCAAGACAGACCACAAAUGUGUGGCUCUGACUGCUUUCCCAGAAACUGCAUCCAACACCUGACCAAGGCUAAGGCUUUGUUUAUUCACUUGAAAACAACCUCAGUGACUUGGUCGUUGCAACAUCCCCAUCCCGACAACCACACCCCCACCUGUGGCUGGUUGCGUCCGAUUGGUCAAGAAGAAAGACUUGCUGUUGUUUACUACGAGUGAGCCAUGACCUCAGAUAUAGGACAUCUUUGGCAGCAACUGGUGCAUCAAAACAUCCAAACAACCCAGCAGCAGGAAGCCCGGUGGCAUCACAGGAAGUGAGCGGCAGUGUGAGCGAGAGAGCGCCAAAGAAAGGAAAAAGAUGAAAGCAGGUCAGCAGGCUGAUGAGCAAAAAAGACGGCAAGUUUAUUUUUCUCCCCGGAGAGUUGCUAGUUUGAAUCUCAGCUGAGGAGCAACAAAGAGCGUCUAUGGGCUGGCCAACAUGGACGACAUGGAGCAGCUCAAAGAUGAAAGUGCUCUGUGGAAUGUCGCUAAUGAUGUGUUCAAUUAAGUCCAAUUAGCCUAAUUGUCCUCUGUGUGCCGGGUGGACACAAGCCGGGAAAGAGCAGAAGAACUGACACACACAAACACACAUUUUGUGUGUGAGCUGGUAAACGGACGUCCACAACGCCGCCAAGAAUCCAGUUGUCUCUCCUCUGGCCGUCUCCGCCGGCCCAAUUAAUUACCGAGUCCCUGAACGCAUCACUUGUCCCUGACAAAGAUGUGAGUGGCUGGGUGCAAAGUAUUCUCACGGCGGGUUGUGUUCAACUGCACAACAACACUUUUUUUUCAUAUCAGCUUCUAUUUAAAGCUCCACUCAUGGAACGCACACUCACUCGCUGUGCCCAGAGAUGUUUGAAGGACGGCGCCCUCCAGUGGACACCCUGAGCAUGACUACUAAAGCACUGGACUCGCUUGGAAACUUCAAGAGACAACAAAGAGACACCGCCAGCGUGCAAGUUAGCAGCACAAUGUCAGCCUGACCAGGCGAAGCUACUUUGGGAUAUUUAGCAUACAGUUGGCUUGUUUGAAGUCCAGGAUGCACCCUAAUCCUGCUUUUGCACUUGGGGUCAAAGGUCACCACCUGCUCUCCACCUGAGUGUUUUGAUGUGACAUACACACACAAAUCUCCGUGUUCAAGCAAAUCAUGAAAUAUUCUUUGAAAACGGCAUGGAGAUGAUCACACACUGUGUGUGUGUCUCUGUGUGUGUGUGUGCGCGCGUGUGUGUGUGCGCGUGUGCCGCCCACCGACUUCAUUCCACCUGCAUGUCUGCAUUCACACUCUCUCCCACAAACACACUCACCAGCCUCGGCAAAGGUGAUGAUCUCCGUCGUGUCUUGCGCAUCGUCAUCUCGCAUCCGAGUACCUGCUGCCACGGCCACCGCUCCUCCCCCUCCUCCUCCUCCUGCACCACCGCCCCCCCGACCUCCCCGCCUUCUCCCCUCAGGCUCCCCCUCGAUGUGCACGCUGCCGUCUUCGGCGACGCGGCCCACGUGCAGCUUGCGCAGGGCGUUGAGGAGGGCGGCGCGGGGCACGGGCCGGGUGAUGUUGGGCCGGGCCUGGAGGUGCAGCAUGUUGAGGAUGUGCCUCUUUACCGCCUCCACCACAUCCUGCUGAGCCUCCUCCUCUUCUUCGUGCCCCGCCGCAUCCUCCUGUGGCUCCGGACCCCCCUCGUUCCUGCGCAUCCGAGCCAGGGCGCAGGAUGGACAAUGGCCGUUGGAGGCGGAGUCGGGCUGCCGAUGAGGGUAGACGGUCAGGGAGCGCGGCGUCAGGUCCGAGGAUGAGUGACCGCUCUGAAGCAGCAGCAGCAGGACGGUGCAACUGAGCAGAGCGAAGACGGACAUGGUGGCGGGAAGACUCAAGUCUGAUUCAAGUUGGGAGUCGUGCAAGUUUGGAGAGCGGAAAGUUCCGUUGCCGGUGGAGGGAAAAAGUAUCAGAGAGGAAACAUUCGGGGACAGAUGGCAGCACGACGUGGAGGCGGGACGAGAAAGAAGACAAAGAAGAUGAAUGAAAGCUGCAGGAGCGACUGAAGUUAUCCCACUUCCUCUCCUCUUCCCGCUCAGCUGAAUGGAUCCUUGGCGCACUAGUUGAAUGCUUUGAGCCCAGGAGGCGGGGCCUCACUCUCUCUCCUAGCUGCUCUUGUUUCUAGCCGCCUCCCACCAUCGGUAAACCUCCCCAUCCUCUCCCUCCUGCCUGUUCGCCCGUCUCCCUUUCUCUCUCUCUCUCUCUCUGUGUGACUCACGGCGCUUGCAACUUUUACCUUCCUUCCUUUCCCAACACACCCCUCAAGCACCCCCCACCGCCUUACACCCCCCCGUCUGCCGUCUGAACUCCUGCAAUGACAUCGUCUGACUCUCUCCGUCUGUCCGUCUGCGGUUAUUUAGUGUGAGUGUGACAUCAUCUUUCCUGUGUCUGCAUCAGUGAGAUGAAGAUGUGUUUGAGGCAGAUGGCCACCCACCUUCACCCUUGUCAUUUCUUGGGAGGGCCACCGCCAGUUGACCUCCCACCCGUUGAGCCCCAAGCAGAGUUGUCCAGUGAUGCUCAACUUGUAGAUGUUCCAUACAGUACACAUGAAGGUUCUGUGAUGUUCUGGUCAAAGGGGUACAAGGGAGGUCUAAUUGAAGAAUAGAAAUGCAGGAUUCUACAAAAAAAUAAUUCAUUCUCUGGGAGAAUCUUUUGGACACAUGCAGACCUUGUGCACCAUGCAUACAUCAAAUCAAAAAGCCAUGAUCCAUUCAUGCACGAAACAAGGACAAGUCAAAAGAAAAGACCAUCAUGCCUCACUGUCCAGGGCUGCAUUGCUAACUCACCCUGGCACCCUGGCACCCUGGCACCCUGGCACCCUGGCACCCUGGCACCCUGGCACCCUGGCACGCUGUCCAUCAAGGGCAGUGGCAGUCCUUGAGUAAAAUGCCACCUUUUUCCUUAGUUUUUUUUGUGUGCCGCUUGAGUGAGGAACUGAUUGUGGGAUAGUUCUUAGGACCUACCAGGUGUUCUAGGAGGAUUUCAUCAAGACAGUCAUAGUUCUAAUGCUUUCAACGGUUUUGAUGAUGUGCUUUACGUAUGUGGUCCAUGUGGUUGAAAAGGAUAUUGAAAAAGCCAUCAGACAUCUGCUGUGAUGUCAUCAGGGUGGAAAAGUUACUUUUUGUGUGACUCGACGCUCGUCUGCACGCUCUCAUCAACAACGCGGCUGUGACGCGGCGCUCCCUGUGGUGUAUUUUAGUCAUCCAGGCUUGAUGUCUGCCCAUAAAGGAUGGACAGACUACGUGUGGGGUGAAGGACGACGGGUCAGAACACGUGAGAAGACAACUUGCGUUUCCUCCUCUCACUUGGCAGUGUUGCAGCGUCACUCUUUAACCUUUGACCUUCUCCCAAACCACCUGAUGAAAUGCAGAUGAAAGUGUGACAUCUAGUGGAUGCCAGCUGUCAUCUCCCGCAGUGACAACGUGGCAUCAGAUCGAGAACAGGAUGAAACAGGUGUAAAGGAUUUUAGGAAGCUGGUAGUGUAGUGCUUCACAUACCUGGCCUCCAACACUUUGUGAUUGACAGGUCAUCAGACCUCUCUCUUGGUUAUUGAAAGGGAAGGAUGAAGAUGUCGGGAAGACCUUGCCUCGGUGACUCGGUUUAAAAAGAAAACAAAGUUGAUAUGACACAACUUCCUGUGGAGAAUUUCCCUGUAAGAUCACCCUUGGAGAUGGAUGUUGCCACUGAUACUGACGAGUCAUCACAUGCAGUCAUGGUGACCAUAGUGCUGACCUCGUUUGCCACGCUGAUGAUGGGGGCCAUCGAUAUCCAUAACAACUCUCCUGUGUGUGUGUGUGUGUGUGUGCAUGUGUGUGUGUGCGUAGGAGAAUGCUCAUGAGGUCAGUGUGUGUCCACGCCAAAGCGCCAUAUGCAAAGUGUCCAAACAGGAGCAGGAAAUGAUGGGAGACAGCCAGAGGGGAGGAGGCGGGAGAAGGAUGCGGUUUCCCAGCCGGACUUUGUGACUCCAACAAGUCCCUCCUGGUUCUGCUCAGUGUGAUCUUGCGGGGGUCACGUUUGAUUGUCACCUGACUGAGCUCCUUUGUCCAACUCACACACAUGCACACACACUUCUGGCUCGCCAAGUGUGUGUGUGUGUUCUGUGGGUGCUGAUUCAGCGUUUGAUCAACAUAAACAUCGAACUACUUCAGAUUGUUUCUCUUCCCAGAAGAUUGUGACGUGUUUUCUUCUAGUUGACGUGCUUACGGUCACUCACCACGCCUCCUUUCUCCUCGACGCCACUCCUCACCAGCACAAGUGGGAUGACGUCAGCAUCAGGUCGACAGCCUGAUGACGUGUUGAAGACGAUGAUGGCUGAUCAGAACAUGGAGGCCAAACUAAAGAACCUGCUGAAACAGGAGAAGGUCCAGUUGUGGAAACCACCGUACACAGAUGACGAGGAGCAGCCUGGACAGCAACGACUACAGGAGCUGGCGGAGCAAUAUGCCCCCUUGCUGGGUCUUCCGGUCUCUGAGGUCGGGGGCGCUUUGGAGUCUAUCCGUCUUCAGGCGGUGAAAAGAGGCAAAAGGAACCAAACCUUCCGAGAAACCAACGUUGCCACGCUGGAGCUCCUACUGCCCCGAGACUGCAAGAAAGCGGGCACUACAGGCAAGUCCAAGACCUUCAUGGAGACCAAACUGGACGUGUUGGUGCAGGUGCUGAUGGACAGGAUCACGGAGGAGUUCGGACUCAAGUCCUUCAAACUGAUCCUAAACGGCAAAACCUUGAAUGCAGCCCAGCGUCUGGACCAGCAGGGCGUGCAGAACCACAGCAAGAUGAUGGUGCUGAAGGUGAGCGAUGCCGAGUGCGCCCAGCAGGCCUGCGAGGAGGCCGACAAGGCCAGGAACCAGAAUGAGAGCGUGCAGCGAACCCAGAGAGGAUUCCAGAUCCUGUCGGAGAGAGACGGCACAGAUGACCCUCACACCACACCCUUCCUGGAGGUGGCUGACCAGAAGGGGAACCCGCUAAAGAUCCCUCACAAGGAGAAGAAGGCACUCAUCCUGGCCAUGGGCUUCCAUGAGAAGGGGCGUGCCCUCAUGAAGAGAAAGCGCCAUGACGACGCACUGUGUCACCUUCUGCAGGCCGACCAUCACUUCAGCGAGUGCGGCUCGGCGCUGUUAGGCUCGGUGGACAACUACGGCGUCCUGCAGCUGGACAUCGUGUGGUGCUACCAGGCGUUGGAGGCGCUGUCCUGUCUGGAUGACGGGCGCGGACGUCUGCUGCGAGCUGAGGACUGCUUCCUGCGAUGUUACGGCGAGCGGCAGCAGAGGCUGCUCAUGAUCAAGGGAAACACGGGCAGGGAGGAAGCGCUGUUUCUCCGCCUGUACCUCCUGCAGAGUCUGCUGGCUUUCAUCGAGGGAAACGAUCUUCAAGCCCGGCAGCAGCUCUCCAAAGUGGAGUCUCUGUAUGGACGCUUGUGUCCCGACUCGGACAAAAUGACGGAGCUGAUGCUGCUGGGCUUCAGCGAGAGAGAAGCUCGCCUGGGCCUGAGAGCUUGUCAGGGUGACGUCCACGAAGCCGCCAUGCUCAUCAGCAACCAGAGACAGGAGCGCGAGGAGCUAAAGCAGAGGGAGCGUCAAAAGAGGAAGAACAUGAUGGCGAACGUCUCGGUUCUCACUGAGGCGGGGUACUCCAAGAAGGAUGCGGCCAGGGUGUUGCACCAAGCCAACGGAGACGUGGACAAAGCCUUUGAGAUUCUGCUGGAUGCCAGCCAGGCCCUCCAGUCCAAUAACAACAUGGAGGAGACGGCCAGUCCAGAGAAGCUGGAGCAGCUGUUGUAUUUGGGCUUCGAUAGAACGGCGUCCGAGGCGGCGCUCGCACUGACGGGCGGAGAUGUCCAAUCUGCAACUCAGCUACUUUUGGACAAUCAGGGCGUGGUCUCUGCCACCGCCACGCCCCCUUCAGAGGAGGAGCCCAGCACAUCGUCCAGCUCGACAGAUGACAGCGAGCUGGUCAACGAAGUCCUGGAGGACAUUUCCCGCCAUGAGGAGGACUACUUGGAUCUGACGCUGGAGGAGGAGAGCCAGCUCAUCGCCACCAUAAAGACCUACCUGAGCCGGGGGAGCGCACACACGGUCUAACACGCGCCGAUUGGUGAUUGGUAUUGAUUGUUGCUGAUUAUGAGGGAUUGUUAUUGAUUGUUGGUCAUUUGAUGAAGAUAACUUUAUUUUCUGAAGUAUUUUUGUUCUGUAGUAGUUUUCUUUCCAUGCCAAUGCGAAGCGAAGGCUAAUAAAGGAUGAUGGCGUCA